ACCGGGGGAGCCCGGCGGCCGAGUGCUGAGCGGCAACCCCUUCGCGCGGCGGCCGGAUCCGCUGAGUCCCGGAGUCCCAGCCCCGCCGGCGCCAUGGAGACGCGGUUGCUGUGGUUCUGCAACUGGAGCGUGUUGGGCGUGUGCGCGACGCUCAAGCUGCCGCAGAUCUUCGCCGUGCUGGGGGCGCGCAGCGCGCGGGGCAUCAGCCUCUCGAGCCUACUUCUGGAGCUGGCUGGGUUCCUGGUCUUUCUCCGGUACCAGUGUUACUACGAGUACCCACUGCUGACCUACCUGGAGUACCCCAUCCUCAUCGCACAAGAUCUCAUCCUCCUGCUGUGUGUCUUCCAUUUCAAGGGGGAUGUGAAACGGGCAGCACCGUACAUCGUCCUCUAUGUGUCUGCUUGGUUCCUCCUCACCCUGCAGAAGUGGAUCAUAGAUCUGGCCAUGAAUUUCUGUACUUUCAUCAGUGCAGCCAGUAAGUUUGCACAGCUCCAGUACCUGUGGAAAAGCAGGGACUCAGGAGCCGUGAGUGCUCUCACGUGGAGCCUCGCUUCAUAUACCUGUGCGGCAAGAAUAAUGACAACUUUAAUGACCACCAGUGAUCUUACAAGGUUUAACGGAGCCACUUCGCCCCGCCGGAGGCCAGCGACAAUAUAUUCCUGGUCCUCAUCAGUCACCAUGUAUAGUAUUAAGCAUCUACUUGCUGUACCUGGGAUAGAAUAUGCACAAGAUAGUAGAUUCCUAUCUUCGUGAAGCUUCCACACCAGCAGUGGAAAUGAACAGUGAGUUCUUAUACGUUUUGUGAUCAUGCUGGCCUUAAAUAUAUGGGUAGCAGCUACAAUACUUCACUACCGCAAGACCGAUGUGAAAUCUGAAUGAUGGAUAUAUUAUUCCCACACACAAAGUGGAUUUUGAAUAACUGAACCAAAGGAAAAAAAAGCUCAUUGCUAAACCAGGUCUUUUAUAAAUUUAGCCAACUGUGCCAAAGGUAUUUUAGACUUGGAAGAGCCCGCUUAAACACUUGUUUAAAAACAUCGAUUUUUAAAAUCCCUGUCCCCACUUCAUUAGGUUAAGGUAGGGCUCAGACAUCUGCAGUUCUGAUAAGGCUGGUGAUUGAUGGAAACCUCCCAAGAAGCCCAUUUUGAGGAGACAGCGUUGACCGUUAUUCUUCAAGUCAUGAUUAAGUUCCCUCCAAAGAGCUAACUACAUCUACUUCUCAGCUUUCACAAUCUUUUAAAAAAUAAAUCCUCUCCGUAACACAGACAAACAUGAAUGGAGUGGGAUUUUGCUCAAGUGGAAUUGUAAUAAAUUACCAGAGUUCACUUUCUGGGACUACUGUUUAAUUGUAAUAUAGACAUAACAGGAUGGCUUUAUUGUAUCAUAUUACCGUGUAAUACCUCCUUAGGUUACAGCAAGGAUAUGAAGGCAAGCAAAAAUGUAACUGGCUUGAAUUCAUAUACCAAAGUAAUCCUUUAACUUCAUACCGUGCCUUCAAGUAAUUUGUAACAAAAGGUACCUGCAGUCUCUACUCAUGAAGAGGCAAUCCCAAUAUACUUUCUGAUUCAAGCACAAUGCUGCUGUUUUUAAAAGGAUCACACCUACACAAUACCGUUACUGGAAUUUGGUACAAAAUACAGCUGACCUCGACCAGGUUUUGCCUAUUGAAAGUAUGUGCAGUGCAGGGUAUUGCUGGGGUCUACCAAGUUCUUAUGGAUUUUAUUCUCAUUAUAGUAUCAUACUCUGAACAUGAUGUUAAGAUUACUGUACACUGUGUUUUCCUGUAAAAGCUUAUCAACUCUAACAUUUUAAGAACUCUCUUUCUCCUAAAUAAUUGAAUGGCAUUAUUCUAUUAUAUGCAGUAAGUAAAUGAUGCUUCCUAGAAAAUGUUUGUUUCCUAUGUAAAAUAAACUUUAUUUUGAACUCUU